AUGCCUGCUUCUUCUGCUUCCAUUAUCAAUACCUCAAUAUUCAUUCUCACGGGGUUCCCUGGCCUGGACCACUACUAUCCCUGGUUUUCCAUUCCCUUCUCCUCCAUCUAUGCCAUGGUUUUCCUGGGAAACUGCAUGGUGCUGCAUGUGAUCCGGACAGAGCCCAGUCUGCACCAGCCCAUGUUCUACUUUCUGGCCAUGCUGGCCCUCACUGACCUGUGCAUGGGGCUGUCCACAGUGCACACGGUGCUGGGGGUCCUGUGGGGGCUCAACCAAGAAGUUAGUCGAGAUGCUUGCAUUGCCCAAACUUACUUUAUCCAUGGUCUGUCCUCCAUAGAGUCUGGGGUCCUUCUUGCCAUGGCCUUUGAUCGCUUCACUGCAAUCUGCAAUCCUCUGAGAUACACAUCCCUCCUGACUAACAGUAGAGUCAUUCAUUUCAUGGUGGCCAUUUUGAUGAGGGCAGCUUUGUCCAUUCUCCCUGUCAUCAUUCGCCUGAAGUUCUUCCGUUACUGCCGCCCUCACAUCCUCUCCCACUCUUUCUGCCUGCACCAGGACCUGCUCCGGCUCGCCUGCUCUGACAUCCGCUUCAACAGCCUCUAUGCCCUGGCUCUGGUGAUCUGUACCUUGUUGUUAGACGCUGUGCUUAUUCUCAUCUCCUACGUUUUCAUCUUGCACACACUAACCACAACUAUAUUAAUAGUUCUGGAACUGCCUCAGGGAAGCCAAGAAAGUGGCCCAGCUGUGCAUGCAUUCCCUGUGGAACCCAACUAUGCUGGAGCAGAGACUCUUGAACAGAAGAUAGCACCAAAUCCUCAGAGUUAUUCUCCCACUAUUUUUAUUAAUGGCCCAUGA